AUGGAUUUUUCAGUGAGCAUCCCGGCAGCUUCCGCCAUGGAAACCACCACCAUGGUGCCCCUAAAGUCGCCUUCCUUCAAGGUCGUGCCAGUGCUGCACGAUGAGAUGGCCAAGCAAUCCGACCACUCUAUCCUCAGCGCCAAGACGGCGGCGAUUCUCCUCGUUAAGAAGGUAUUUAUUGAUUUUGAAGGCAUUGGCGAGUUCUUGGGCACAUUCCUGCUCAUCUUCACCCUGCUGUCGGCGCUGAUCAUGAACGCGACGCACGACGGCGCAUUGGGCCUGGUGGGUGUGGCGGCAACGGCGGGGCUGGCGAUUAUGGUGAUCGUGGCGUCGCUGAUCCACGUGUCCGGGGCUCACCUGAACCCGGCGGUAAGCAUCUCCAUGGCCGUGUUUGGCUACCUCCCACGUGCCCACCUCGCACCCUACAUGGCGGCGCAGUUCCUGGGCUCGAUCGCCGCCUCCUUCCUGGCCAACGCGAUCUACCACCCAGAGAACCCAGGCGCCAUCGUCGCUACCGUGCCCACACUCGGCACCACGGAGACAUUCCUCGUCGAGUUCGUGAUCACAUUCGUCCUCCUCUUCGUCAUCGUCGCCCUCAUCGUCGAUCCCAAAGCGGUGAAGGAGCUGGUAGCAGUGGCAGCUGGUGCAGUGGUGAUGAUGAACGCCCUUAGCGCUGCUCAGUCAACGGGAGCGUCCAUGAAUCCGGCGAGGACGCUGGGGACAGCGAUCGCCACGGGGACAUACACCAAGAUCUGGAUCUACAUGGUGGCACCGCCGCUCGGCGCCAUUGCCGGAACCGGGGCUUACAUUGCACUCAAGCACUGA